AUGGGAGACAUCGAAGGUUUAGGUUCUGAAACUCAUGGUAGAAACAAUGAUGGUGAGAAUGAAGAAGAGAAUUGUGACAUGGUUGAAGAAGGUGCAUCACAACUAGAAGAAUUGUUUGGAGAUAUUGCACAAGAUGAUGUAAGUGAUGAUGAUAACAAUGGUGAUUUAUUGGAGGAUGAUACAAUUCCUCUUGUUUCUGAUUCAUCGGAGGAUGAGUACGAAGACAAUGAGGACAUGGUACAAUUUCAUCCAAAUUAUAUAAAUCCAGAUGAGCUUCUACAUCUAGGAAAAACCUUCAAUACUGCAGCAGAUUUUAAGUAUGCAUUGGUUAAGUAUUCUUUGAAGACAGAGUAUGAUGUGAAGCUGUAUAAGUCAACGACUAAGAAGCUUGGAGCAAUUUGUUCAGCAAAAGAGUGUCCAGGGAGGGUUUAUUGUUCGUUUGAGAAGUCAAGAAACAAGCUGAUGAUUAAGGUUUAUACAGCUGAACAUGUUUGCAAUAAAUCAGGUUACUCAAAGAUGCUAAAAGUUCAUGUAAUUGCCGAGCUGUUUGAGGAACCUCUUAGACUGAAUCCAAAACUUUCACCAAAGGAGAUGAUGGAGUCUAUAAAGGCAGACUACAAUUUGAAUGUUACACUGUUUCAGUGUGAACAUGGAAAGAAAAAAGUGGUCGAACAAAGAAGGAAGAUGCAUGGAACACAAUUUGGUAGACUCUGGGAUUAUGAGAAAAAAAUCCUUGUAUCAAAUCCAGGGUCCACAAUGGACAUUGAGACACUUCCAGGUGAGUUGUUGGCUGCGGUUGGAAGAGAUGCAGAUAAUAGGAUUUUCCCUAUCGCAUGGGCUAUAGUUGACAUUGAAAACAAUGAUAACUGGGAAUGGUUCAUCAAACAUAUCCAAACUGAUUUGGAUCUUGGACAAGGAGACAACAUGACAAUAAUAUCUGAUAAACAAAAGAGUUUGGUAAAUGCUGUGCAUAAUGAGCUUCCACAAGCUGAGCAUCGAAUGUGUGCUCGACAUAUCCUUGCAAACUGGAGAAAAACUAACAAAGAUAAAGAGUUGGAGCCUAUGUUUUGGAAAAUAGCACGAAGCUAUACUAUAGGAGAUUUUGACGACAACCUUGAAGCAUUAAAAACCUAUAAUUCAGGUGCGUAUGAUUCCCUACAACACACUGCACCUACUACAUGGUCUCGGGCUUUCUUUAGGGAAGAUUCUUGUACUAUUGACAACUCGAACAACUUGUCUGAAUUUUUCAACAAAACCAUUAGAGAAGCUCGACGAAAACCAUUGCUUGAGAUGUUAGAGGACAUUAGAAGACAAACUAUGGUGAUGAAUAUGAAGUUGAUGAUCACGGGACUGGAUAUCGUGUCGACGUACAUUUGA